AUGUACAGUCGCCUGCCACCAGAGCCCCCGCGAAAAGAAGCCCAGAUCGACCUGUUCCCCGAUAUCCAAGAUGGGGAUUCGAAGCCGGGUCUCGCCAACUACCUCGACGAGUUCCUAAGUGCUAUCAAAGUAUUUGGGUACUUGGAACGGCCUGUAUUCCACGAAUUGACUCGCACAAUGCAGACCAGGAAGCUCAUUGCUGGUGAAACACUCAUGCUCGAGGAAGAAAAGGGAUUUUGCUUAGUGGUGGAUGGGUUGGUCCAGAUCUUCGUCAAGUCCACUCGCGAAGGCAAGCCAAGCUCAGAUGAUGGCGUGCAUCUCGAUGACCAGACUUCUGAGGACGAGGAGAACAACUUGCAUGGCCAUCAGGGCUACCAGCUAUUGACCGAGGUGAAGAACGGCGCCUCGAUGUCUUCCUUGUUCUCCAUUCUGUCCUUGUUUACUGAAGACGUCCAGCUACGCAACAUCCACCCUUCUAGCUCUAGCACUUCGAUUGCUGAUCAGGUCCAUACCCCCAUAUUGAGCCCAGGUGCUGAGAUGAUGGGCAGCCCUAUGUCCGCCGCUGCAAAGGAGGGUCCAGAAUCAACGCCUGGGUCUCCUGGCCAGGGUACAGGUUUACCGGCGGUGCCCCCUUUACACUUAGAUGAUAGUCAUGCUACACAGGACCCGCAAACGCCCAACCAUCGCCACUCACGCAAAAAGCGGCGGAAGUCGGUGCAUCCGGACAUUGUUGCAAGAGCAACAGUGGAUACCACCAUCGCGAUCAUCCCAGCCAGCGCCUUCCGGCGGCUUACCAGAGUUUACCCACGAGCUACCUCUCACAUCGUGCAGGUGAUUCUCACUCGUCUGCAGCGAGUAACCUUUUCAACCGCACAUUCCUAUCUAGGUCUAACUAGCGACGUCCUGGGAAUCGAACGACAGAUCGCCAAGUUCACAACAUGGGACCUACCUAAUGAUCUGCGGGGCGGUGCGUUGGACCGCCUCAAGAACAAAUUUAUGCAGGAGAGAGACCGUAUUGGUCCCGAAGAAGUUGGGAAAGGGAUUGCCCUCCAUAAUCCUUCCGUAGGACGACGUAGAAGGUCCAGCAGCUCCCUUCGCAAAGACGCUGUGUUACAGGCUCGCGUGAAUGGCCGAGGCCACCCGCUUGCAGUGACCCCUCAAAGGCCAGCCAAUAUCCAGACCGAGCGUGACACCGGCGGCGUUAGCCCCGGGGAUCUUCUCUCUACCAUCCAACUGUCUCGGUUUGGCCCUCGCUUUGAUACUCCGGGACCUAAAGUUCAUUCCCCUUGA